UGAUGAGGGUGACUGUUACCGGUGUUUUCCGCCUGACCCGGGCAUUGAGGCUGCUGCUCUAGGUGCUGGUGAGGCUGCUGCUCUAGGUGCUGGUGAGGCUGCUGCUCUAGGUGCCAGUGAGUCUGCUGCCCCAGGUGCUGGUGAGUCUGCGCUCUCCGGUACCGCGUCGGCUCUGGCCACCCACACCUUCACCCUUGACUCGGGUGCUUCCCGCUCCUUCUUUCGAGACCGCACCACACUCAUGCCGCUUAGUCGGCCAGUGGCAGUCUCCCUGGCAGACCCCUCUGGGGGUCCUGUCCUUGCCCACUUCUCCACUGUCCUACCGUGUCCGGCAGCCCCUUCUGGCACCCUGUCAGGUCUUUACCUCCCCUCGUUCUCUACGAACUUGGUGAGUGGUGCAGACCUCCAGGAUGCAGGGGUUCACCAGUUCACUCCUGCGAGUCAGCGAGCGACCCACUGUACCUGUGCUCGGACGGGCCGUCACUUGGCCACGUUUACCCGUCGGCCGGGGUCGAGCCUGUACACACUGACUACUGAGUCUCCUCCAGUCGCUGAGUCUGCUCAGGUAGCCGCGUCGGGUCGGGUGUUUGCUGCGGCGUCCAGGUCUGGCCCUGAGUCUGCCCCCUGCUCGUGUCGUCUCCUGUCUCACCAGACUCUCCUCUGGCACCACCGCCUUGGUCACCCCUCCCUGCCUCGUCUUCGAGGCAUGGCUUCCCGUGUCCUUGUCUCUGGUCUCCCCCGGUCCCUCCCUCCCCUUCCUCCGGGGCCUGCCCCCACCUGCGUUCCCUGCGUCGAGGGGCGGCAGCGCGCUGCUCCUCACUCCUCCGAGUUCCCUCCGACAGAGGCUCCGCUGCAGACGCUUCACAUGGACGUGUGGGGCCCAGCCCGCGUCCGUGGACAGGGUCACGAGCAUUACUUCCUGUUGGUGGUUGACGACUACUCGCGUUACACCACGGUCUUCCCCUUGCGCCGCAAGGGUGAGGUCACUGAGGUGUUGAUCGCCUGGAUCCGCGCAGCUCGUCUCCAGCUCAGAGAGAGUUUUGGCUCGGACUUUCCUGUUCUGCGCCUGCACUCCGACAGAGGCGGAGAGUUUUCCUCUGACCUUCUGCGAGCCUUCUGUCGCGCACGAGGCAUCCGCCAGACUUUCACGCUUCCGGACUCUCCACAGCAAAAUGGGAUUGCUGAGCGCCGCAUUGGCAUGGUCAUGGACGUCGCUCGUACGUCCAUGGUCCAUGCGGCUGCCCCCCAUUUUCUGUGGCCGUUUGCGGUUCGGUACGCGGCGCAUCAGAUCAACCUUCAGCCCCGGGUCUCCAUGCCGGAGACCUCCCCUGCUUUGCUGUGGACGGGGAAGGUUGGCGAUGCGUCUGCGUUCCGUGUCUGGGGAUCUCGGGCGUUUGUCCGCGACUUGUCUGCGGACAAGCUGUCCCCUCGUGCUGUUCCCUGUGUCUUCCUUGGCUUCCCCCCUGACGCGCCAGGCUGGCAGUUCUACCACCCCACCUCGCGCCAUGUUCUGUCCUCCCAGGACAUCACGUUUGACGAGUCGGUUCCCUACUACCGUCUCUUCCCCUGCCGCACUGCGUCCCUCCCCCCCCCGCCGCUCUUCCUUACGCCAGGUCCCCCUCCGGUAGACCCCCUCCCCCCUCAGGGUCCUGCCCCCUCAGGUGUGUCCCAGGUAGACGCAGUCGAGCCUGUCGAGGUAGCUGUUGACUCAGGUGCUGCUAGGGGUGCUGAGCCUGCGGGUGCGGGGUCUGGGGGUGCUGAGCCUGGAGGUGCUGAGUCUGGGGGUGCUGUGCCUGGGGGUGCUGAGCCUGGGGGUACUUUGCCUGGGGGUGCUGAGCCUGGGGGUACUGCGUCUGGGGGUGCGGAGUCUGAGGGUACUGGGCCUACUCGUGUGGCGCCUGGUGGUGCUGGGCCUGGCGGUUCUUCGGGUGCUUCGUCCCGGCGGGAGCUACUCUCUCCACAGGAGCUGCGAGAGUGGUUUGCCCGGCGCUGGAGGCGUGCUGCUGGAGCUGGAGGUGCUGCGGGCACUGGAGGUUCUGCUGCUGCUGAGGGUCCUGGUGCCGCGGGUCCCGGAGGUGCUCGUACUGGGAGUACUGGAGCUGCUGGGCCUGCGGGCACUUCUCGUACUCGAGCUGGUGGUGCUGCGGGCGUCGGUGCUACUGGGGGUGCUGGUGCUGGUGGACCUGCUGUGUCUUCUGGUGGUCCAGCUGGAGCUGGAGCUGCUGGGGGUGUUGGCGCUGAGGGUGCUUCUGGUGCUGGUGCCUCUGAGGGUGCUGGAGUUGGCGCUGCUGGAGCUGGGGGUACUACUGGCACUGGUACUGUCGUUCGGGGUGCUGGUGCUGUCCCUUCUGGUGCUGGUGGUGCUGAGCGGCCGCGGCCGUACUUUGUUCCGCUCCUUGAGCAGGUUCUUGGCCUUCCGCCCUCUGCUAGUCCAGCUCCUCCCUUAGAGUGUCCACCGCCUGUCCUGUCCGAGUCACAGUUACAGCCUGCCUCUCCUCUACCAGCUCCUUCUCCCUACACUGGUCCUACUGGAGGUCUUGCUGAGCGUCGUGAGCCUGCGUCUCGCCCUGCGUCGCCUGUCCGUGCUGCUCGCACUAGUGGUCGUGGUUCGCGUCAGCGUCCUCCCCCUGUCCCCGGCACGCACUGGAUGUCUCUGCGUCCUUCCACUGCUCCACUGCGUGCCCCUUUGCCUUCUCCUCCUGAGUCCUCUCUUCCUGCUCUUGCUGACCCCGAGUCAGACUCCCUUCGUGCUGCCAGUCCUACUGUCACGCGUCUCCUUGCUACUGUCGUCACUGACCCUUCCUUUGAGUCCACUGCUGCGUCUGCCCUAGUUGCUGAGCUUGUCGACUUCGCUGCUCGCUGUCGUCUAGACUACGCUGCCAGUCUUGUCGCUGAGUCUGAGUCUGUCUGUCCUCCGUCCGUCGGGGGUGAGUGUGCUCUUGGCACGGACGUCCUUGAGGACAGGCAGGAGGAGUUCCAGUGUCUUGCGGCUGCUUCACCUCAUCUCGUGUCCAUGCUACUUGCCCCUGAGGGAGACCCGGAUGCACCAGACAUCCCGACUCCGCGCUCUUACGCGGAGGCGAUAGAGGGUCCCUACUCCUCUCAGUGGCAGGCAGCCAUGGAUGCAGAGAUGGCUUCCUGGAAGUCCACAGGCACCUACGUUGACGAGGUUCCCCCGCCUGGGGCGAACAUCGUCAGUGGCAUGUGGAUUUUCAGGGUGAAGCGGCCGCCGGGUUCUCCGCCUGUCUUCAAGGCGCGCUACGUGGCUCGUGGCUUCAGCCAGCGGCAGGGAGUUGACUACUUUCAGACCUUCUCUCCCACCCCGAAGAUGACCACUCUUUGGGUACUACUGCACAUAGCCGCUCACCGUGACUACGAGCUUCACUCUCUUGACUUCAGCACUGCUUUCUUGCAGGGCAGCCUGCACGAGGAGAUCUGGCUGCGCCGCCCACCUGGCUUCAUUGGGACUUUUCCUCCUGGCACCCAGUGGAGCCUCCGGCGGCCAGUCUACGGUCUCCGCCAGGCACCUCGUGAGUGGCACGACACACUGAGGACUACACUUGCGGCUCUUGGGUUUGCUCCUUCUACUGCCGACCCGUCGCUGUUUCUGCGCACCGACACUUCUUUGCCGCCGUUCUACAUCCUCGUGUACGUCGACGACUUGGUCUUUGCCACAGCUGACACUGCUGGACUCGCCUACGUGAAGUCCGAGCUGCAGAAGAGACACACGUGCACAGACCUAGGUGAACUGCGCAGCUACCUUGGCUUGCAGAUCACCCGGGACAGAGCACAGCGCACCAUUACCCUGACUCAGUCACACAUGGUGCAGCAGGUCCUUCAGCGCUUCGGCUUCACGUACUCCUCGCCUCAGGCCACUCCUCUGUCUACUCGCCACUCGCUCUCAGCUCUGCCUUCGGAUGAGUCCGUAGAGUCGAGUGGCCCGUACCCAGAGCUUGUUGGCUGCCUCAUGUACCUGAUGACCUGCACGCGACCUGACCUUGCUUACCCUCUUAGCAUUCUGGCACGCUAUGUUGCUCCUGGGAGACACAGACCAGAGCACAUGGCUGCAGCGAAGAGGGUGUUGCGUUUUUUGUGCAGUACGUCAGGCAUGGGGCUUGUGCUUGGAGGGCGGAGUCCAGUGGUCCUCACUGGUCACGCAGACGCUUCUUGGGCUGACGACCAGGCUACGCAGCGGUCGUCACAGGGUUACACCUUCAGCCUUGGUUCCGGCUCUGUAUCGUGGCGGUCUACCCGCUCGUCUUCUGUUCUCGGCUCCAGCUGUGAGGCUGAGAUCUACGCAGGGGCCAUGGCUGCACAGGAGCUACGCUGGCUCACCUACCUGCUGACUGACCUAGGAGAGCCGCCUCGUUCUCCUCCAGUUCUGUACGUAGACAACAAGGCCAUGUUGGCCUUGUGUCGGGAGCACAGACUGGAGCACAGAACGAAGCACAUCGCUCUUCGCUACUUCCUUGCUCGUGAGCUGCAACAGCGCGGUCAGCUGCGCCUUGCUUACGUGGCCUCUGAGGCCAACACUGCUGAUAUCUUCACCAAGGCACUCGCGCCUUGUGACCAUCAGCGCUUCUGUACUUUGGUAGGCCUUGUGUCUACCUUGCCUCACUUGCUCACUUCUUGA